AUGGAAGCUGUCGAAAAUCAACAAUAUGUUUUCUUAGGCAUUAAAGUGAAACCUGGACCAAUGGAACGCCAUAAAUUGGAGAAUUUUGCGCUUGAUAAUACUGUGGAUUUAUUAAGGAACGAAGCUGAAAAAAGAGCUAAUAUUCCAUCUGCAUCAUUAGAGUUAAUACAUCAUGGUAAGAUUUUAAAGGACAAUGCAACUUUAUCUGAUAGUGGUGUCAAAUUUGGUGAAAUGGUGCAUGUGGUAAAGAAAAAAGAGCAAGCUCCAGCUGCACCACCGCCAACUUAUACUGAUGCAGAAUUGCAACAACUAAACGCUUCUUUAAGAACACUUGGAUGUACACCUAACGCUCCUGGAUGGACUAGAGCCAUGCAAUUACUAAAUGAUGAAUCAGCAAUGGCUGAAAUAAUAGAGCAUACACCAUCUUUAUCUGAAGAUUGUAUGACCCUGUCUAUCCUUCAUGAAGUGGAGCUUCUUGCCGCUCUUGCAGCAAAUAUUCAAACAAUGAGACGUGGGGCAGAAGCACAUCCUGACCUACCAAAUGCACUGAGACAUCUGAUGCGCUUAGUUAGGUCUCGAUCAAAUGCAAAUACUUCUGAUUAUGCUCCAACAUCCGGCUUCGCAUAUUCACUAGAGGCGCUCUCUGAAGAUGAAGAUGUAGAAGAAGAAGAGACUGAAGAAGGAGAAGGCAGAAGUGCAAUAACUCAAGAACAGUUGGCUGCUGCUUUACAGGCAGCAACGGAGGCGGCGUUGUCGUCGUCGAGCAGCCGCGGCGGAUUGCUGCGUCUGUUGCAGGGUACACCAGCUCGCGGCACUGCGGCGGCGGCUGCGGGGACUGCAGGGGGUGCAGGGGGCGCGGGGCGGAGCGCCAUCACGGCGGAGAUGUUCAGCGAGGCCAUCAGCGAAGCCCUGAGCCGCGCCAACCCCGCCGCCUCGCCCAUGGAACAGAGCGCUGCCGCCUCGUCCUCUCAAAGCCCCGUAACGAGAGACGAAGAUUUUCUCACGCAAUUGCAACGCAUGCAUGAAAUGGGCUUAAUGGACGACGCGCUCAACGUGCGAGCGCUACACAUAUGUGCAGGUGAUGUGAAUGCAGCUAUUAAUUUAGUCUUCAGCGGAGCUAUCGCGGAUGAU